AUGGAAUGUUCGCCAGAUGUUGUCUCGUACGGCAGCGUCAUAGACGGCUUUGCGAAGGCUGGCAGACCGGAAGACAUUGGACGCCUUAUGGAGGAUAUGGAUGGUGAUGGCGUGCCAGUCGAUGUGGUCAUGCACAACGGCAUGCUUGAGGCUCUUCUGAACACUGGGAGGGUCGAUGAUGCCUUUGACUGGCUGGUUUCCAUGAUGGCUCCGGAGGACGAUUCUUCAAGUGGAUCGAGGAGUCGCGAAGUUCGUCCAAAUAUUUGGUCCUACACCAAAGUCGCCGGAGCGUUAGCAAGGCAGGGCCGCACCAGCGCUGUGGCCUCCCUCUUGAAGACCAUGGACCAGAUGAACGUGAAGCCUGCAAUUCGACUCCACGACCGGAUUCUUCGAGGCCUCCUCUCUGCAAAGAAGCGUGCAGAGGCCUACAGGUGGCUGCGACAAGUUGUAAGGUCUGGCGUAGAUUUCGAUGCACAGUUCGUCACACUGGCUCUCGAUGUCUGCAUACAAACCGGCUCCUUCACAGAGGCCUUUGCUUGGCUGAAUGGCAUGGAGGAUGCCGGCAUUGAUCCACCUACUGAAGGCAGAGGGGGCGUUUCCUUCUUCGUGAAAGCCGUGACGGUGUGCACCAUGGCCAAGCGUCUCCAAGAGGGCCUCGAUUGGCUAGAGCGCGCUGAAGCCGCAAACUUGUGCCUUGGCUGCAAGUCAGAUGGUCGCUCGUCCAAAGGGCCGCUUCGCCGAGGCAUUCCCUUGCGGCCGGCCUAUGUCGCUCUGAUGCAGGCGUUCGCACGGGCGCAGAACAGAGAACAGGCCAAAGACCUCCUCGUGCGACUGGAGGCCGAAGAGGGGCGAGUGGACACCAUGGCUCGAACGACUCUGGUCGAAGAGUUUGCCAGCCCCGGCGAGCAAGACCGACGAAGCAAUCCAGUGGUUCGAUGCCGCCUGGAUGCACCGGUGCUUGUCAAGGCAGCGACCGUUGACGUGGUGACCCGGCUGAAGGUGAGCUUCAAUGCCACGAUCAGCGCUUGCGGCAAAAGCAAGAUCUGGGAAGCAUCGCUGUCCGUUCUCGCUGACAUUGACAGGGAACGUCUGCAGAAGGACCUCUUCAGCUACAACACAUCUUUCAGCGCCAUUGCUGUGGUUGAGCAGUGGCGAUGGUCCCUUCACCUGCUUCGUGACGUGAAGGCCAGACAUCUUCGGAGCGACAUCAUCAGCUGCAAUACCGCCAUAGAUGGGUGUCAACAGAAGUGGAGCCUGUCACUAGCCGUCCUGGCCAAGAUGUCUCAGCAGAAUCUGCAGCCAGACGUCAUUGCCCAUGACACUGCCGUUAGCUCCUCCGAGAAAGGAAACUACUGGGAUCGUGCCCUGGACGUGCUACGGACCCUCGAGGCUGGCGACAUACAAGCUGAUGCGAUUGGAAUCAGUGCUGCGAUAAGCACUGGCGGAGCAGGAGAUCGGUGGCAAAGAUCCCUUGAUUUGCUCUUUAGGCUCCAGACCUCUGCCAUGUGCGCAACCACCAUCAGCUACAACGCAGCCAUAGGCAGUAGUGGCACUGGACGCCACUGGCAGACGGCAUUCGAUGUGGCACUUGAACUGACACGACACAGUCUCAGGAGAAGCUUGGUCACCUUCAACACGAGCAUCAGUGCUUGCGAAAAGGCAACAUCCUGGACAAGCGCGUUGCAUGUGUAUCACAUGGUCCAUGAAAGCAGCUGGAGUCCCAACUUGCUUACCUGUGGCGCUACGCUGAGUGCCCUUGAAAAGGGCCAGCAGUGGCAACUUGGUGUGGCUUUCUUGCACGAACUUCUCGAUCGCCGUGCGACACCCAAUUUGAUCCUGCUCAAUGCCGUGAUCAGUGCUUGCGAAAAAAGCGAACAAUGGCAGUACGCGUUGUUUGUUGCAUCGCAAAUCGGAGACCUUAAGCUACAGCCAAGCGUCGUCACCUACAGUGCACUUAUCAGCGCAUGUGGACGCUGCGGACACUGGCAGGCAGCAUUUGAUGUGCUUGGUGAAUUCAUGAAUUCAAACCUUCAGGGAAAUUUGAUCAUUUACAAUGCGGCCAUCGAUGCUUUGGAGGGGAGUGAGCACUGGCGGUCAGCAUUUGUGCUUGUGGAGGACCUUCGACAUCGAGGCAUGCAGCGGAACAUCGUCACCUUCGGGGCGACCAUCAGUGCAUGUGGAUCGCGGCUGCAGUGGAGACUGGCUCUGGGGCUACUAUGCCAGCUUGACGAGCUGCUCUUGGAAGCAAACGAGAUUGUUCUGGGAGACACCCUCCUUUGGUUAGCGGAGCAGGCAGCAACAAGGCUGGCCAAGACAAAAACCUACAACAUCGCCAUCACUGCGUGCGGAAAGGGCGCGAAUUGGCAAGCAGCUUUGACGUGCUUUCAGGAAAUUUUCCUUGCAAAGCUGCAGCCGGAUGUUGUCACUUACAACAGCGCUAUCACUGCUUGCACACAGGGAACCAGCUGGCCAGCGUCUUUGCUUCUCUUCUUUGAGCUUCUAAACACCGAACUGGAGCCGGACUCAUUCACCCUUAACGCCGCCCUUUGUGCUUGUGCGCCUGCCUGGCAUUCUAGAAGGGAUGUUUUCUGUUUCGUUGCAAAGUUUUUACGUCUCUCCGUUGUUGUGAGAGCAGAAAGCCUCGAGGAGCCUGUCGGCAAGUGGGAACUCGCCGCUUCGGUUUUGCAUGACGCCGGGCCAAUGACCACAGGGAGCAUUGGAAGAAAUACGAUGGUGUGGAAUGCUGGCAUUUCCGUGUAUUCGAGAGCUGGAGAGUGGGAGCGCGCCAUCGACUUGCUAACACGGAUGCACACGGCCGGCGUGCAACGUUCCGAGGUCUCCUACAAUGCCGCUAUUUUCGCUUGCAGCAGGGUGGGUCAAUGGCUUCGUGCUGUCUCACUUCUCCGACACAUGCAGGAACAGUUGCUCCGUGCGGACACGAUCUCUUACAAUGCUGCCAUGGCCUGGGAGGGGUCUGGGAAUUGGGAAAUAGCGCUAGGCCUCUUCGCAGAACUUCAGGAGAGUUCGAUGGGGCCCAGCAUCGUGACUUACGGUUCACUCGUGAAGGCCUGCGCAAGCGAGGAACAGUGGCAGACUGCUCUGCUUUGCUUUGAGGAGGUGCAGCGAAGCAGCUUGCAGAUGAGCGUCAUCGCCUAUACCGCAGCGAUCAGCAGCUGCGAAAAGGGCUCUCAUUGGGAGCUUGCACUGUGCUGCUUGUUCGACUGCGCUCGCAGGGAGAUGGUGCCAGACAUAACGUCUUUCAACACUGCCAUCAGGGCAUGUGGAAAUGCCGACCAGCUGCGACGGGUUCGACUGCUGCACGUGAUUCUAAGGCGUCGGCAAAUACGAGAGAACUUGUCGACCUUCAAUGCGUUGAUCGUCUCGCAUGGCAGAGCCAGCCAGUGGCAGCAGGCAGUUGCAUACCUUGCAGAUCUUGAGGCGCUCAACUUUCGACCAGAUGCCAUUACCUUCAAUGCGUUGAGCAGCGCAUGCACCAAGAACGACCAGUGGGAAUGUGCUCUGCAGUUGCUCGCAGAAGCUCAACAGGCCCUACUUCCGGCAGAUAACGUUUCAUAUGGGACGAGAAUCACUGCCCUUGCCAGGGCAGGUCGAUGGGAGGAGGUGCUGCUUCUGCUUGCUGACCUGGAGGCAGAAGGUUGCGUGCCGGAUGUCAUUGUGUACAACGCAGCAAUUGCUGCCUGUGAGGAUGCUUGGCGGGUUUGCCUGACGCUGCUUGGUGAGCUGCAGAGGAAGCAGCUUACGGCCGAUGCGAGAACUAUCACAAGUCUCAUCAGCGCCUGCCGAAGCAGUUCUGCUUGGCAGCCGGCUUUGCACCUUCUCUCGAUGCAGCGAGCGUAUUGCGUGUCAGAUAUGUCCUAUUGUUACAAUGCAGCCAUCAGCACCUGCGGCCGCGCAGAUGAGUGGGAGGUGGUCGUGGACCUUCUAAGCAGCAUGGUAGAGGAUGGUCUUCAACCGGACCUAAUGGGGUAUGAUCCCGCACUGGCAGCCAUCGUCAGCUCUGGUCAGCAAGAGCAGGCGCUGGAACUCCUUUGGUACUCGGAAAGCUCGUGGCCUCCAGUGUCUUUCUUAUGGUGCCUGGCGACAGUUGGCGUCUCCGACGCCGAGGUCAUUCACGAAGCUUGCGUGGAGGUGGCUUUAGGCCAAUGCCACGGGGAGGAGUUGUCCAGGGUGUUGUGGUCGCUGGAUAUCCUGGGCGUGGAGAACAUCCAAUUCUGCAGGUCGACCAUUCGGAGGUUUUUGAAACAACUCCCCAACGUUGGCCUCGACGAGCUUGCAAUGGCGGUGUCGGGCCUCAUCUCCCUGAGCUCGGAGCCUUUUGCUGCUGACCUGAUCCAGCGACACGUGGCAGGCGAACUCAGGAGGCUGAGGCAGAUCGCACCGAGUCGACUGGCUUUCAAUCGCUUGGGCAUCUCAGCUAUGGGCAUACUGGGAUCCUUGGCGACGGCAGGGCGUUUGCCACAGAGCUUGCAAACUGCCGUGCACGAUGCGCUGCUGGAAGUCGGCCGCGGCUUAGACCGAAGCACCCGGGAGACCUACACAUUGCCGAGUCCACCUUUGCCGCAGGAGCAUCUUCCUGCCUCGGUGGUGUGGAACCAGGCUGACCGCGCUGUUCUCUUCAAGCCACCCGGGUGGGAAGUCUAUGGUGCCCACACAGCCCUGCAGCUGUCAUCCUUCGCAGCGCUCCGCUUUGGCCGCCUCCGAAUCCUGGAUGAUGACAGUCAUAAUUCUGGCUUCCUCCAUCGCCUGGAUGUGCCGAGCUCAGGCUUGAUCAUGAUGGCAAAGUCCUAUGCUGCCUUCUAUGACUUGCAGCUUCAGCUCCAUCUUGGGACAUUUGGCCGCGAGUACACCUCCCUCGUGCACGGCUGGUUAGCAAAAUCGCUCAGCACCGUGACGGCAAAGGUGCAAUCCGGCACAAAAGGUCCGACAACUUCGGGCGGUCGCGGAAAGUGGAGCCAAACUCGGCUUCGGCGCAUGGGCUACUUGUGGCAUCCUGUUGGCACACUAACUCGCCUUCUUCUGCAGAUUGUCACGGGGCGAAAGCACCAAAUUCGGAGUCACAUGUCCUACAUUGGGCACCCUACCGUCCGAGAUGGUCUUUACACUAGCAAUGUGACUUUCCAAGAGGAUGCAGCACUCUGCGACCGCAAGUUCCACGAGAUUCACUCUCCAUUGCCUCAAGACCUUCAAAAUUCGUUCAUCACGGCAUGUAAAAUGUGCGAUGCUUCAUGCUUUUGCUUGCCGUCACCCUCCCCCUUGGCAUCGGAGGGCUCUAGGACUUCUCCUGACAACUGGAAGGAGGUUCGGAUGAGCCUGCUGGAGUACAACAAAGCCAUCAACGCUUGCGUGAAGCAGUCGCAGUGGCAACGAGCAUUGGCGUUGCUGCCCGAGCUGGAAGAGUACGAAUUUCAAGCUUCGCUAGUGACCUACAACACAGCAGCCAGUGCUUGUGUCCGUGGAGCACAGUGGGAAUUGGCAUUGUCGUUCCUGCAUCAACUACAGCAUGACCGUCUUGCGGAUGUGAUCACCUUCUCAACGACGCUGAGCUCUUUGGAGGUUGCUAGCCUGUGGGCCGAGGCUAUAACCCUUUUGCUGUCGAUGGCCGAUGUGGAAGUUGUCCGGAACUCCAUCACCUACAAUGCGGCCAUCAGUGCCUGUGCCAAAGGCUACUCGAACGAAUGGUCGACCUGUGAGGCAUGGGAAGUAGCGCUCUCGCUGCUGCACGAGCUAGAGAUGGAGAGAUUGGAGGCCUCCAUCAUCCCUUACAAUGCAGCCACCAGUGCCUGUGCCAAAGGAGGCUGCUGGGAGCUUGCGGUAGCCCUGGCUGCCAGCCUCAACCCGAGAAGCCUCGAGCCGGACAUCGUCACGCAGAACUCCCUCAUCUCGGCGCUUGAGUUCGGCUUCUGGACCGAGGCUGUGCUUCUGUUCAGUGAAUUGGCGGAACUUUCUUUGCAACCUACCAUCGUGACCUUCAACUCGCUUUUGAAAACCUGCGCGACUGGAGAAGAGUGGCAACAAGCACUUAGCUUGCUGUCGGAAAUGAAGAAUCGAAAGCUCCUGCCAAACAUGAUCACCUUGACAACGGCCAUCAGUGGCAGCACCCGCAGCUCUCAAUGGGAAAGCUCGCUGAUUCUUUUCCGCGACAUGAGACAAAGCGCGGUCCCUUGCAGCGUUCUCGCAUACAAUGCAGCAAUCAGUGCAUGCGAAAGUCAGGGGUUGUGGGAGUACGCUCUCCAAUAUAUGGCUGAACUGUCGUCAGAGGGCUUCCAAGCUGACAUCGUCACUUACAGCACAGUGGAUGCGAUCGCCUACAAUGCCUCUAUCAGCUCCUGUGAGAAGGCAGCGAAGUGGGAGGAAGCUUUGGUCCUCCUCAGACAGUUGGAGGCCAUGCUGCUGUUGAGGGAGCUGCGAUUCAAGGCGAUUGAGCCCAGCGCGAUCACGUACAAUGCCGCUGUCAACGCUUGCAAGGGUAAAGGCCACUGGCGAGUUGCUGUCUCGCUCCUUGACGAGGGCAGAAGCUUGCAGCUAGCAGCCACGACGGUGGCAUGCAACGGGAUUCUGAGUGCAUCAGAGAGAGGCCAGUGGCGAAUAACCUCAUCGCUCCUGGGGUGCAUGCGCUGGCAGCACGUCGAAGCCAGUGUGGUGUCUUUCCGCUCCGCCAUAUCUGCACGGGAGAAAGUCGGUCAGUGGGCGGCAGCGCAUUGGCUACUAUGGGAGCUCGAGGGAGCAGGAUUCGAAAUGAAUGUUGCCACCUUCAAUGCGGCGGUGGGUGCAGCCAGAUGGGAAGCGGCCUCUCUUUGGUCCGUCCGUCUGGUAGCCUUUGCCGGGGCAAAGCGGUGGCUGUCGCAGAUGCAAGAGGCCAGGGUGAACCCGAAUGCGGUCACCUACUCUUCGACCAUCCAUGCGCUGACGAAGGCAAAUCUGGUGGAAGAUGCGAUCGAAGCGCUAGUGGGCAUGGAGGAGUCUUCUCUGAAGCCGGAUGCGUCUGCUUAUGCGCGGGUGAUUACGGGCUUGGCCCGGGCAAACCGCGACCGUGAAGCGGCGGCGUGGCUACAAACCAUGUCAGAGGCCAAGCUCAGUCCCAACACGCCAGUCUACAACUGGGUCAUUGCAGCGUGCAAGAAGACCAAGAAUGCUGAUCUGGCUGAAUCCAUGAUGCGUGAGAUGCUUGCAAAUGGUAUGAUGCCCAACGACUUUA